CUCGAGUCUUUGACUUGGAAAACGCCACUGCUUACCUGAUCACUUGAUCAUGUUCUCGUCUAGGCAUCAGCUGCUGCCAGCGAGCAACACACAGACCCUCAUGACACCAACAUCUAACGGCAACUCAAAAGCUCCGCUUGCGCUAUUGUCUCAGCAUGUACCUACUGCGACGUGAGAGUGACGGCGAGUUCAGCCUUACCGAAUACUACGGGCAGCUCCCACCAUAUGCUAUACUUUCGCACACUUGGGGAUCUGAUGACGAAGAAGUGACAUUCAAGGACAUUCUAAAGAGCAGAGGCAAACGUAAAUCUGGCUACGAAAAAUUGCGCUUCUGCGCUGCCCAAGCUGAGGAGGAUGGAUUGGAAUAUUUCUGGGUGGACACGUGCUGCAUUGAUAAGACAGAUAGCGUGAAACUUUCAGAGGCGAUCAAUUCCAUGUUUUCGUGGUAUCAGCACUCGACCCGAUGCUACGUUUAUCUUUCCGACGUUGAUGCGCUUCCGAUUACCCUCGAUCUCUUUAGAAAUAGAGAAUUGCUGGAACAUGUGUUGGCACCCGCGUGGAAAUCCGAUUUCAAACUGAGUAAAUGGUUCACAAGAGGCUGGACUCUGCAAGAACUCCUUGCGCCGUCUUCUGUUGAGUUCUUUGCUAAAAAUGGUGAGCGCCUAGGCGACAAGCAAACCUUGUCGCAAGAUAUCCAUCAGAUCACGGCAAUCUCUCUUGAAGCUUUGGAAGAGUCUCCAUUGCGUCCAUCAGGGUAUAGUGUGAAAGAACGGCUGUCGUGGGCAGAGGGACGGGAAACCAAACGAGAAGAGGAUGCUGUUUACUCUCUUCUUGGCCUUUUUGGCGUACAUAUGUCACCCAUCUAUGGAGAGGGUCGACCUAACGCAUAUGAUCGCCUCCUUUUGGAAAUACAGCGAAAGUCAGCGCUUCGUCCUUCGCAUGGAACAGGUAGUUCAGAUUUGCAGGAUGCUGCUUUUUCUUCGAACGGUCAGCAUGGCAAUGGCCCUCUGACAUUGAAAAGAAGCGCGUCAGAUGCGUUUGGAGCCACACUUUCUGGUCCCGAUGAAAGCGAUUCAAAGCACAGGUUGGUCGAAGCGAAGUCAGAAAAGUCUGCACGCGAUAGGACGGAGGAACAUCUGGUAGCAAUGCGGGAUUGGUUCACCGAGGCGAUUGCCGCAAGAAUGGACUUGCCUAGUGGCUACCAACGGGUUGCUGUGUUGUUAUUCAGAUGGACGGAUGAAUUGGAUGAAUUACGAACAUCUAACGAGAACUUCAACGAGUGUUCCGCGAUGAAUUUCAAUUCGAGACUGAGAUUGUUGGACUCAAUCACCGAAGCAAACCACAACUUCAGAUGGAUCGAUCUUUGAUAACCUUCAUUGAGGAGUACGACGGGCCUCAAAAUCUGUUAAUCGUGUUCUAUGCGGGCAGUAGCGUCCGCUACCAGAGCACCCGUCGACUCGAGCUUUUGCCGUCAUUGAGCUCAUUAACGGAUCGUGGUGCUUUCACUGGUGGUCAGAUAAACUGGUACAAGACAGAAGAUAUGCUCCGUUCAGAUGAAGUCGAUGGAGACGUCCUUGCAAUACUGGAUACACCUUACGCAAGUAACAACGAGGUUGGCCAUAUUUUCAACGAGGAAAACAAUUACAAGGGCGGUGACGAGAGGACUUCGAGACGUUUCCAGUUGAUGGCAGCUUGUGAUGAGACGACCUCGGGAGCUGAGAAUCAAUCUUUCACACGAGCUCUGAUUGACGGGAUGAUGCGACUCUUGAAAGAUGACAGCUGCCCCUCAUUCUCUACCCAGAAGCUUCAUCAGUCGAUCGAGAAAGU